AUGAGAGUGAUCAGACUGGACACCAUAGGCAUCAUCGCAAUCGCCACCAGCACCAUCGGGACUUGUCGCCAACACUGUCAGGAGGUAUCCAUCUCUCAAAUUUCGGAUUGCGGUUCAAUAUCUUUUGGAAGAUAUGCUGCAGACACACUUGCAUGGGAAAAAUAUUCUGUUUUCUCCCACAACAGACGUCAGGAGGAAUUGGAGAAAUUCAAGGCACCAGGAUUAGUUGCUCAGAAGAAGGCAUACUUUGAGGAAUACUAUAAAAAAAUUAGAGAUAUGAAGGGAUUGCAAGCAGAGCAAGAAACUCCUCAAACUUAUCCCAAUGAAGAUGGGAAGGAGGGUACUGCACAAGAAGAAAAUGGCAUUGAUGCUGAAGCAUCGGAAGAGGAAAGUAAACCUAGAAAUACUAGUCAGGAAGCAAAUGGUGCUGAUAUUCACAGAUCAAAAGAGGAAAAUAAGCCUAGCAGUGUCUAUAAAAUUCAGAUUUUAGAUAAUCAUACUACUGCUAAUAACCCAUCCACAAGAGGCAUUAAUGGCGGAGCAGAAGAAGAAAGUUUCUUUAAAGGGAACAGUGGCAGAGCUAGCAAAGAAGAUGGAACGGGGGUAUGCUUAUCUGGCAGAAUAGCAAAACAUUCUGUGGAAGGCGGUUCUUCUGCAUGUACUCCAUCAGUCAAAAGCAGUUCCAAAACUACCCAGAAAGGGGGCCCUGUCAGCAAUGAAGUAAAGCGUAGUGGAAGCCAACUGGUGAAGAAGCAGGCAUUUACUAUGAGGGAAAAGGGAAAUGUUGCUUCUGCUGUGAACAGAACAAAGUUAGACUGCAGAAUUAGCAAAGAUGUGGUUAAGCCUUCUGAGAAGCCAAAGUCGUCAGUUUGUAGGGAAAUUACGAGCAAGGCAGAUGUUAGUCUUGUUUCAGGCAAAAGAACUACCUCUAAGACCGCAAGCAAAAUAAAAUCUGAACAGGUUCAAUCGCAUAGUCAAAAUAGGGAUGUACAAUCCAGUUCCAUGGUUUGUCGUGGUUCAUUAAAAAAGGAAAAGAUGGUCUCACGUUCUUCAAAUAUUAGAGAUGGUCCACUUAAAACACAUUCAACUCCCAAAAGCUUGGCAGACAGGCUCCCAGCAACAUCAUCAGUUCUUACUCGAUCUGCUCAGGUAGAUCAUCUGAAAUUGACUUCGAUUUCUUCAACAAAUAUCAGGUUUAAAAAUCUUCCUGACAGGAAUAAAUCAAAUCAGAACAAUGGACUUGAGUGUGGACCCAUCAGUUCUGUCAAAGGACAGAGGCAGAAAAAGAUGAUGCGAUUUUCUGUGGAAGAUACUGAAAAUGAUGCAAACAGGCUGAAGGUUGCACAUGGAGUAGAUGAAAUCGAUGCUGGACUUGGACCAAAACCUGAUUCAUCUAAGGGGACUAGUAUCCAGAAGGCCUCAAUUCUAAAGCCCACACGUAAGAUUGCUACAUCACGGUCUGUAGACCUGACAUUUGAUCGAAGGGAUUCAAGGUCUAAAACAAUGCCAUCAUGCAGACAGAGGAUGCCUAUUUGGCGUUAA